GGUCCAACGACAGAUAGUGUACUGCAAAAGGUGGGGCACGGUAAUGUCCACAAUCACUUUCGAGGCCCCAACAUUUAAAUUUCCUGCUUAGAGUGACUGUGCUAAAGGCUAGAGACCGCUUAGUUUUAAAUAAAAUUUAACAUUUUAUGGCUUCAGGCCGAUUAAUCAAGCAAAAUACAAGUUCAGAAUACUAGAAACUCAUGAUCGGCUCAUUUUGGAACUUGUGUAGAGCUACGUGCCCCGCUAUGCCCGUCGAUAAGCAAUUGCACUCCGAGUAUCGGAGUACUUACCGAUGGCAUGAAUAUACGGGGCCACGGCAGGAGGUAGUAAGAAAACCACCAAUCCAAAAUGGUGUACCUGCCGCUGGAGUAGCUAGUGAUCACAACGAAAAAGCAAUGAGAGAGGAUGAGUUUCAAACUGAUUCUGCCCAAAAGCAAGAACCAGUAAUGCCCCGAAGAAAAAAGUACCCCGACCUUGCAUAUCGUCAUCACGAAUUUCUAGUUAGCGAUGGGGUAACCGCAAACGGAGGGGUUGAUUCGCGAGCUAGGUCGGAAGAGCGGUUUGGUCCGAAUUGGAGGCCUUCAAGACGCAGCAAGUCGGAGGGACCGCGCCGGGGAAUCGAACACGAAACUGAACCUGGGGAACGCAGGAGAGAGUCCGAUUCGGACGUGGAAAAUAUGCAGGGUCGCGAAAACGGGCUCCUGCGGAAGGCUAUCUCGAAAAUUAGCACUGAAUAUAGAAGGCAAUUUGCUUGGCCUCCAGCUCACAUUUCAAGAAGAGAUGAAGUUGACGGGGCACCCAGAAAAUCUCAAUCUAUGGGUGCCCUGAAGGCCAAUGCUAAUGCAAUGGUUCACAAAAAAAGGAUUGACGUCGAAAAUAAAGAUGCAAGCGAACUGGAACCUUUAGUUGACGAUCGUUCAAAUCAUGAAAAAGUGCGUGAAGAGCUAAACAGUGAGUAUAAAAAAAAGUUUAAGCCUUUUAGUCAAUACCAAUAUGUAAAUGGACGAUUUUCAUCAAAACGAGGUGUUGCCGAGAUUCGGAAUGUACAUAAAGAUUUUUCUACAGACUUGGAUAACGACGCGUCUUGGUACCGCGAAGUUGUUGAACUUCGUAAAAAAGCCGGAGAAUACAAGCAUAGGGGCUGGGGAUCAGAGUUAGCACCUGAGCGGUUAUCAGACAUUUAUAAUAAACAAGUCGAGUUAUGGGAUCAAGUAUCGAGAAGAAGCUCUUUAUCAGCUUUGUCGCUAGCUUCCCAUAUGACUAAGUCAUAUACUAAGGAAGAUAAAGAAGAAGACAAUAAUAGAAAAAGUUCGCCUACUAAAGCUUAUCGGAACGCUGAGAAUAAUGCUAGAAUGAUUAGAGAUAUCAUCAGACAUCACUUAGAACGAACCACCGGUGGGUCUGAAUUGGAUGGGCUAAUCUUAUCGCCAACUAGAGAGAAACUAGAGCCAACUAUUCCGAGAAAAGACGAUGAUUCUAGAGGAUCGCAGAAAAAUAGCCCCAAAAAGAGCUCGCCAUUAAAAAUUUCCAGUAAGCGCGGCAGCCAGAAGGGAAAAGAUAUUCGAUCACAGUCGGUUGGGCCUACGGAUACUUCCAAUAAAGAAAAGCAAUCUCCAAAGAGGCAAUCUAGGUCUACAGUUAAAGAAGGGAGAAAGUCUGCCUCCAAUACUCCUUCAAAUAAACGACCUCGACCCUCAUCCCUGAACACCACUGUUUCAUCCCGAUCUAAACAAAGUUCCAUAGUAACUAAAAUUGAAGACGAUAGAUUGGCCAAAACAAAUAAAAUUAAAUCAUUAGGUAUGAUAGACUCAUCUAAGCAAAACCGAAAAGGAAGUCACGAAGUAUCGGAACAACCCAAGUCUGAACAAACAUCUACUGAUGUGAAGAAGAAUCAGGAAACUGAACAGCCUGAUAGCAUAGAAUAUGAACCGGUGAUCAAAUCACCACCUGAACCAACUCGAGUGAAGUCGCCUGAGCAAAUUAUUAUGAGAUCACCUGACCCUGUUAACUGGACUGUGCCUUUGGAUACAGGAAAAACUUUCACUGUCACCCAAAAUGUUCGUGAUGGCGACCCGGCCAGUCGUCCACAGAGUGAAGUAAAAGCUUGGACGCCUCCAGAACUACCACCACCCGUUGCCCAAUCAGCCCCCCCGACUUUAGUAGCUCAGGGACAGGCAAGCUUGUCGUAGGCGCUAAGAGUCUUGACUUAUGCUUAAUCCAUAUUCGAUUUGAUUAUGUUGCUUUAGGUAUGGAUAGAAGAAAUACGUGAACUUAGGCCAGGGCAGGGCCAUUACUGCACAGUAUAAGACUUCCCAUCCUCCAUUUACAGUAUAAAACACAGUUACCAUCCAAAGUUGUAUCGUCGUAAUCCAAAGUUGUCCAAAAAUGAUACUUUUGGGAGUAUAAAUUAGUGUACCAUGAGUGAUUAAAUGAUUAUACAAGGCUUAACAAGUAGCAGUAUACUGUGCCAUUUUAACAGGGUAGUAGCCAAAAGUUAAGACAGUAUUUGUGAAACGGCAUACACUUAGAAUUUUAGCUGUCCUUAUUUUAAGUCAUACUUUAAGCCUUUACAUUACUUAACUGCUUAGAUAUAUGUUUAAUGCUGUCCAUAUAUAUACCGAGUCCGUCAAAAAUUCACAGCAGGAAAUAUUCUUUCUCGAUAUUAACCAAAGUGUAACAAACCAUAUAUCCAACGUCCCAUUUUUUAUAAGAUUUUGACAAAAUUGUGAUCUCUUAUCAGUGCACUCGUGUUUCUGCCGCAUAAGGAUAUACAAUCUACAGUUAAAUAAUAUUCAUAUAUUUUGUGUAGAUGCGUUUGCUUGCAUUCCUGUUAAUUUAGUGUACAUCGAACGCACUUAUUUAUUGAUAUUAUAAAAAUUGUAAAAGAUAAUAUAUAAGGUUUCCGUUAAAAAAAUAUAAAAA